AUGUCUUCUAUUAUUAUCACCUUUACCGGGAGCCCACCUCCGCCGUCUAUGCAUGGGUCUCUGCUACCCAGCAUUCUGACCGACCAGGUACCCACUCCAGUCUCAGACGUUCAGCUCCAUGGAUCUCAGACCCCUUUGACUGCGAUUGCAGCUGCAGGCGACUUCGCUACGGCUGCCACUACUAUGGCUGUCAGCACCCCGACGCCAUCUGUGAGCGUUGACUCAAAUGGAGGGGAUCGGAGUUCUGUCAAUGAUACCUUGGCAUCGGGAGAUCAGGCCAGCGCUGAAGCUCCCGAAGGGCAAAACAACGACAUCAUCUCCAAGCUUAUCGCCAGGUUCGAUAUACCGGCUGAUUGCAACUAUACCACAGACCAGCUCCUAGAUCUAAUCGAGAAUAGUAUGGAGAAGUCUAGGGGACAAGCAAUGAGAAGAGAACUGGUAAACCUGAACAGCUCGAAGCAACAACAGUACGACACCUACUGUAGUAUCAGAGGAAGGAUCGCAUUUGGAGUUGGGAUUGGAACUUUGAGUUUGAUCGUCUUUGGCAGUGCGAUAUGGAUGUCAUACUCUUACCGAAAGAAGAGAGCUCUGGCGGGAGAGAUGAUUUACGAUUGGGAGGGUAUGAACAAUGAGCUAGCACAAGUCAGGCAUGCAAACGCAGCACUCGCGGGCUUUCAGGAAGAAGAACUCGCCGAUUUCCAGCUCGAGCUUGAUUCUUCGCACCGGGAAAACCAGAAGAUGAAGGAGGAAAACGGGAAAGCCAAGGAGGAGCUUACGGAUCUCAAGCGCAUGGUUGACCAGUAUAUCAAUAUCAUCGAAAACCUCACGAAACAUUUGCCAGCCAGGCCAGCAGAAGGUGUUGAUGAUAGGAAGGACGAAUGA